AUGACACUCAUCUGACACUCCAGCCGGGAGGGGGCACGCUCAGCACAGCUGCCAGCCACACAGUCAAAGUCUUGGGUUUCAUUCGUUGUUAAUUCCCCUGGAGCUUCAGUCAUGGAAGAACAAGAUCAGACAGACCCUGGGUUCCAUCCGGACAAUGGGAAAAUUGACAUGUCUCUGGGUAGGUCACACUUUAUAGAAAAUUUCUGUCCCACAAACCAGACGUUCUAAUGUUCAGGCACAAGUGUAGAGUGCAUAGGGGACCUUUUAUGAAGUUAUGGCUUCUUUAGUGCAGUUUAAUAUUAGUCAUUAAUGGUGUUUGAUGGGGAAUAGUAAUAUCAGCACUUGUUGGAUACAAUAAUUACAUAAUGGAUAUUUAUCUAGAAAGUCUGCUACCUAUUGAAGUUGGUAAAUCACUACUUACAAAAUUUCUCUGGAAUAGGUUUUUUUUUGUUUUGUUUUUUGUAGUUCAUUCACUAAACACUGAAAAGUGGUGAAUUGAGAACUAAAUUCCAAAAUGUAAUCUAAAAUAGCUAAAUUGUGAUUAUAUCUGACUUGGAAUUUUUAAAAUGAGCUAUAUUGCUACAUGUUUCAGGUUUUUUUUUUAAUUCAAUUUUAUUAAACUAUAAUAAACAAAAGCUAGUCUUUAAAGGGAUAGUCUAAGCCGGUACACAUCCAGAGCACUGGAGUGUAGUGGUUAUGCUACAUCAGUGGUUAUGUAACCUUUGGCACUCCAGAUGCUGUGGACUAUAAUGUUGGCAAAGCAUUAUGGGAGUUGUAUUCCUAAACAUCUUGAGUGCCUACCCUGUGCUACAGUGCUACAUAUAGGCUUUGGGUAACAUCCCAUUGUUUUUUAUCAACUUGUAAGGCAGUAUGCUGGAAGCAUUGUGGGCCAGAAAAAAAACUCUGAUUUUUGUAAUUUUGGUAACAAUCAACUUGCCAAAAAAAAGGGAGGAAGCAUCCCACAGAUUUGUAACAGCGCUACUCUGGGCUGUUGUGGUUAAGUUGCACCUUUAAUAAUUACAUUUAUAAUAAUCAAGGCCUACUAAAAAUGUUUAUAGAGGUCAGCAGAGAGGCUGUGAUGUGUCUAAACACUUUUAGACAUCAUUGUAAAUACCGUGGCCAGACAGCUACAUGGCCUGCUGCUACCUUUCAUCCUCUAUAACUCCUUGCCAGCCCAUCUGCCAUAAUUCCAACAAAUAGAACGUUAGAGACACAACAGUCGAAAAUUAAAUGGACGUGAGCAGUUGCACUCCCAGAUCAUAUGAUGAUCAGCGUAGUAUUGUGUAGUAUGUUUUGUUCCAAAAUAAAAUGAGUACCGAGUCUGAUCUUUCUUUACUGGCAGACUGGCGUUGAUAAUGUAGAAUCAAAAUAUAGAUAGAUCUAUUCAUUUUUUGUUUUGUUCUAUAUUUUGGAAUUAUUAAUUUAAGUAUUUUACUUCAGUUCAUGACCCUUGGUGCUCAUAUAGUGUAACACUAUGAGAGUUUCAUUAUCCUCAAAGCAUUUUUAAGUGAACAGUUGAUAAAGUCUGUGAUCACACACUUUUACAUGUGAUGUUGGCACCUGUUUUAUAUCAUCAAUCAAGUGUUGGAAGAUUGAGCAUUAAAGUAUUUAUAGAUAUACUGAUGUAAUGCUUUAUCAUCAUAUGUAUACUUUUAUAUAUAUCUUUGUAAACUCGAGAGAAAGUAGAGCAGGACACAUGAUCCAGGGGAUAAAGCCGCUCUUACCAAACAUCUAAAUGAAUAUCAAGAUAUUCAAGAUAACUCAGAAAAAAUCUUAAUUUUUAUCACGCAAAAUUGCACUCUCCCACAAUAGACCCAGGCAACUGUUUCGCACAGUAGAAAGGGUCUGAAAACCAGCAUGCAUGCAUAUCCCCACCAACUUUUCUCAGGAUAAGUGUGAAGCAUUUGCGAUCUUCUUCAGAGACAAGAUUUCCUCAAUCCGAGCCUCUAUCACAGCAGGCCAAACAGUUACACACCAGAACCACUACAAUGGAAUGCCAGAUCGCCCCAGUUUAUGGUCCACUUUUACAAAUGUGGAUAUAAAGGAAGUUAAAAGAACCAUGCAAAAGUUACACCCUACUAUGUGUGACUCCAACUCAGCUCAUACCUGGAUGCAUCGAAACACUUGCCCCAGCCUGAAGGAGGUUCUGAAAUCGUUAGUUCAUCAAAGGUACGAAACUUCGGAGUGCUGAUUGAUUCUGGACGUUCAUUUAAACAACAGAUUACCUCCAUGAUAAAAUCUGCCUACUUUCAUCUGAAAAACAUUUCAUCGGAUAAAACACUUAAUUCCACCGGAUGAUAUGCCAACAUUAAUUCAUGCAUUUGUAUCCUCUCGUGUAGAUUACUGCAAUGUACUUUACUUGGGCCUCCCAGAAAAAGAACUCCAUCACCUUCAGACAGUACAAAAUGCAGCAGCCAGACUACUGACCAAUCAAACCUGCUCUUGCCACAAAGCACCUGUUCUCCACUCCCUGCUUUGGCUUCCAAUUAAAUGGCGAACAUAUUUUAAAAUUGGCCUGCUGACCUUCAAAGCCUUAAACAAUCAAGGCCCACAGUACCUGAAAGAGCUCUUGACACCCUACAUUCCAUCUCAUUCACUUCGGUCAGCCAGCAAAUCCCUUCUGUCUAUGUCAAGAAUAAAGACAGACUCAGGUUCCAGGGCAUUAAGCCGCACUGCUCCUACCUUUUGGAACUCUUUACCGUGCGCAGUCAGAGAGGCACCGUCCUUACAGACUUUUUAAAAAAGGCUAAAGACCCACCUCUUCCAUCAGGCAUUCAGUCCGCUCAUUUGACCUUCAGAAACUCCUAACUUUUAUGUCUUUAUGUUUGUUUAUUUGUAAAGUGCUUUGAGUCUCACAGGGAGAAAAGUGGUAUAAAAAUUGCAAAUCAUUAUUAUUAUUUUUAUUGUACACUUCUAAAAUCCAUCAUCAAUCCAAUCUAGCACACAGCAUUUCUAUUUUCAAAUUUCUAACCGUUUAUAUGUGGACUUCCAAUUAAAUCAGUGAUCGUACACAUACAUGAUAAUUCCUGCAGAAAGUUUUUUUACCCAGUGGUGUAUUAGGAGAGAACCUAAAUGGGAAUAAAGCUCUAGUGCAUAACCAAUCCCGGGGUGUGGAGAUGGUUGAAUUUUUUAUGUUACAUUUAGCUUGUAUUUAUGACCACAGCAGAAAAUUUAAUCUGAUUGAAGCCAUUCUGCUGCUACUGCCACUCACCAUCACACUUAAUGAGCUGGCACAGGCCUGGGAGCUGGUGUCAGGAAACGAGUUAAGUAGCAGAAGCAGAUUGUAUUGCGUUAUCUGACAGCCACUGGAUGCCUCUGCCACCUUCAACAAUGGAGUCCAAUAACUUUGAUGGGCUUACUGCCUGAGUAACACACUUCAUCCCAAAAAUUGCAGAACAUCAAGACGCAAGCCCCAACCCAGCAGCUGAUAGGAUUUAAAGGGCAUUCUAGUCCUCUCCACUCCCAGUGCUUGAGUGGUAUCUGGCCCAGUUUAGGGCCAAGGUUCUGAGAAUCUGGUCUGAUUCUGCUACAGCUAUCAUUCAGAAGUGCCACCAAUAUAUAGGGUUUUUUUAAGACAAGGUCUGGAGUUAAAGUUCGUAUGUAAACCAGGGGGCAACAUACAUGCUUCAUUGUGGUGGCAGAGGAAGACUGGAUAUGAUGAACUAGCAGCUAUAUCUCUUUAUACUACUCCAGUGAGACACAUUUUGUAGCCUAUUCAGUAAGCAAAAUGUCCUGUAUUUCUUCUAUGCCAUUCUGGCUCUUUGGUGUGACAGACGAUGGACAGGAGAUCUGUCUGCCUCGCUGGACAGUAGAGUUAUUACAGGACAGGAGACUAAAGUGAUUUACUGGGUCCCUUCUUGUCACUCAAAUGAUCCAUAUUUCUUGUCCUUAUCUGCUGUCCCCCUAAACCCUGACUCUGUUAAUAGAUGUGUUGAUAGAAAUAAUUUGUGCUAUUAGAUAGUUUUCUGUUUAUUGUUUAUUUCAUUCCUUCAUUGGAUCAUGGCAUGGCAUUUAUCUUUCGGAUGUAGUUAUAUUAGAAUAGUAAAAGUCUUCAAGUCCAUUCUGGAAGACAAAUUGGUAGAUGUUACAGGGGCUACAGACAUAGCUAAUAUCCAUACAGGACUGGGUUCACAAAGAACAGAUUAAAAGAAUAGUGCAGGCAAAAAAAUAUACAGUUUAAAUCUCUAAUUGCUACUUAGCAAACAAAUGUGGGGAUAUGGUCACAACAUACGGCCGUACCGUGUUAAACCCACCACUUCAUCAAAGUAACGCACCAAUAUUGGGGUUCUGUGAUGAAGUGGUGGACUUAGUCCGGUAUAGCCUUUAUGUGAACAUAUCUCCAGAUUUGUUUACUAAGAUAGGUCGUUUAAGUAUUAAGUAGCAUUCUAAGAUUUAUAACUAUAUUUUUGGGGCUUCUGCACUGUUCCACUAAAAGAACAUGAAUCAAUUGACUUUCUUUUUUUAAAACCAGCAAACACAUUAAAACAAAUAUACAAACCAAAAUAAAGCAAGAAAAACUACUAAAGCACUAAAGUAUGUUAUAAACAUUUAUACACUAAUCAGCCACAACAUCGAAGCCCUUAAUAGGGGAAGUGAAUAACAUUGAUUGUAAUGUUACAAUGACACCUGUCAAGGGGUGGGAUAAAUAAGGAAGCAAGUGAACAGUCAGUUCUUGAAUUCCAUGUGUUGGGAGCAGGAAAAAUGGGCAAGUGAAAAGAUCUGAGUGACUUAACAAGGGCCACCAAGUGAUGGCUAGACAACUGGGCCAGAGCAUCUCCAAAACAGCAAGUCUUGUGGCAUGUUCCCAGUAUGCAGGUAUGAAGGUCACGUGGUCUAAUGAAUCAUGUAUGCUUUUAGAUCAGGUGUAUAACCGGGUAUGUGUGUGUCUUUUAUAUUGGUAAGAGAUGGCAGAACACACUAUGGGAAAAAAGAAGGACUGUUGAGGCAGCAUCAUGCUGUGGGCAAGGUUCUGCUGGUCCUGGUAUUCAUGUGAAUGUUACUUUGACACGAACAACCUACCUAGAGAUUGUUGCUAUCCACGUACAUCCCUUUAUGGCAAUGUGGUUCCUGAUGGCAAUUGCCUCUUUCAGAAGGAUAAUGCACCCUUCCACACUGUAAACCAUUUUCAGGAAUGGUUUGAGGAACAUGACAAAGAGUUCAAGUUGCUGCCUUGGCUUCCAAAUUCCCUAGCUCUCAAUCCAUUUGAGCAUCUGUGGGAUGUUAUGGAACAAUAAAUCCGAUCCACAGAGGCUCCACCUCGCAACCUGCAGGACUUAAAGGAUCUGCUGCUAAUGACUUGGUUUCAGAUACAACAUGUUCAAAGGUCUUGUGGAGACCAUGCCUCGACGCAUAAAAGCUAUUUUGGCAGCACUAGGGGGACUUACAUGAUAUUAGGCUGGCGGUUUUAAUGUUGUGGCGGAUCAGUGUAAAUUUAUUGUAAACUUUGUACGAUUGCAUGUUUGGGUACACCUUUCAAUUAGAGGAGUUUAAUCAACCUCCCUCAUCCCUCUUACUCAGCCAUUUCAGUUUCAGACCAGUCCAGUAAUGACAGAAACAGGACAUCAUACCAAAGCCUUCUCUGCAUGAAUCACAGUGAUGAGACUUCCUCUCUUCUCCCAUGUCAGGCUGUUGCAGAGUUGAAGAGAUCUUUCAGCUGCAAAGGUGUAAAUCUGUCAGACAUGCCCAAUGGGCUUUUUCAGCAUUCCUAGGGAUAGGACACUGACUGAAUAGAUCAAUGUCCCCCAUGAAAUGGGUGUGGAAAGCAUAGGAAAGGAGAAGCAGGUAAACAUAUGAAAAAAAACAAACAAACAUAUAUACCUGUUUUUUUUCUGUUUUCUCUUUGCAGAGCGAGGUAAUUGUCUCAUUCAAAGCUAGUCUCAAAAUUAUGCAUGUCUCUUUAAUCUGUAUUUUCUAUAUCUUUUGGUCUGUACAGCAGCAUCACUAUUAAUAAAUGCAUGUUAUAGGUGUACCCCCCAAUUCACCUUUUUUUCCCUAGAAUUAGGCGUAUUGACAGUAUUAAAAAGGGCAACUUUUUAUCACAUAAGCAAUGUUUUAGCUUUCUAAAGAACCUUGAUCAAGUAUACUACCUUUAAGGAAGUUGGCUAUAUCCAAUAGUGGGGUACUGGUUAGUUUGCUUACCUGUUGGGAGCUUGCUUUCUCCAUCUGUUUGUGUGCUGGAGACAUUGCUGAUAUAGGCAAUUGUGAACAAGGCAAUAAUACCAAUGGAUGGUAAAUCCCAUUCAAUAUUAAGUGCUAUGUGUUCCGUAAAAUAUUUUGUUGUCAGUAUCACAUGUAGACACAAGUAUCAGUUGAAAAACUAAAUUUCUGGUUGCUUAGACUCAUUUGCAACUAGUAUCACAUACCGAGAUUUGAGAGGAAGCACUGCAACUCCGAUACAGAAUGCAGUCACUGAAAAGCAUUUUUUACACAUCUGAAAAGCAUUUUUUUUUUAUCUAAAUGGAAUCCAUGUCUAAAUAGGUUGUUUUGAUCCAUUGUGGUAUAUUUACAUUCUUUAAUUAACGCACCAUAACCACUACAGUUUAUAAUAGACUAUAUAGUGAAAAUAUCUUAUAGGCACCAACCUUAUGUGUUUUACUAUACUGUUUUCAAGCAGUUUGACGAAAGCAAACAAACAGACAAACACAACGAAUACCCAGCACCCACAGUCCACCUCCUACAACAUCUGGGUUACAUAAAACGCAUUUUCCAUCUAAAAUUUUUGAGAGGGUAAAGUGUGUUUGGCCUUUCUGAAGAGAGGGUAAAAUGAGUUUGGUCUCUCUGAAUCUCCAUUCAUAAUGGUAUUUGUGAAUUGACACAAGAUUCGAACUAUUACAGGAUAGUGAUGUCCCGAACGGUUCGCCAAACGGUUCGCCACGAACAGUUCACAGCGGACUCAUCAUUGAGUAAACUUUGACCCUGUACCUCACAGUCAGCAGACACAUUCCAGCCAAUCAGCAGCAGACCCUCCCUCCCAGACCCUCCCACCUCCUGGACAGCAUCCAUUGUGAAGCUGCAUUCUUAGUGAGCUGUCCAGGAGGUGGGAGGGUCUGGGAGGGAGGGUCUGCUGCUGAUUGGCUGGAAUGUGUCUGCUGACUGUGAGGUACAGGGUCAAAGUUUACUCAAUGAUGAGUCCGUUCGGGACAUCACUAUUACAGGAAGACAAUAAGACUAUGUGGGCUAUAUUUGCCUAGAGUAUAUCUGGUUUACUAGGGCUGUAUGCCUAUAUAUUAUGGAUGAGGGAAUAAGGGAUAACCUGUCACUUAACAGAAGGACACUAUUAGUGAUAAAGAUAGGAUUCCAAUUUUCACCUUAUCAAGGGAUUUAAAUUGGGUUGGAAUGGCCAUCAAGCCAUCAGAUUACCAACGGCACCUCCAACACUUUAGUAUCAGUCCCAGAAUCAUGAUGUCUAUGGCACAGCAAACAUUUUUAUUUGAUUAUCAGAGCAAAGAAAAAACUAAACUGUUGUGUUUUGCUUGUUUACUGUGUGUGAUUACGCUGUUUGAUUUCUUUAACUACAGCAUGCAUUUGAAUGAGACUUCAAAGAGCUGAAAGCCUUUGAUGUUUUAUUAACUGGUACACGUGUUUAAAUUGAAGCACAUUAGGCUUGGUACAAGCCGUCAUCUUACUGAAUUACAAUUAGACAGCUUGUGAUUUAAAUGCAAGAACUGUAAUCUAUAUAUAUGGCUUAUAAGAGAGCCUGACCUAGGAGCCAUGUGCAGGUACAACCCAUGUGUGAAAAUAGCUUAAAGGCUUCUGAUUUUUAUUUUAUUUAAAUUUUUAUGGAUUAUUUCUCAUUUGAUCACAUGAAGCGGAUGUCUUAUGUUUACAUGGUUCACAUCUACAUGUGCUACUAUACAGAUCAUUUCAUAAUACUAAAGUAUGUCCCAUGAAGAAAAUUAGAACAGGCAGGGCUACCCAUUAAGGACAAGUGGUCCAGUUUGAAAAAAAAUUGUUUACAUAAUCAAACUUCACCUGCAUUUGCAAUUAUCUUACCUACAAAAAAGCAAAUAUCAUUCCGUAGAAUCUGGUGCCUGGUUUAAAAUCUUUCAUUCGUAUGUGUAUAGGAUUCUUGUAUUUACUAAACAAAGAUUGGAUAUCUACUAGAUGUGUCCCGGAACCAGACUCAUUUUCAAAAUAAAUAAACCGGCCUUUUGCAGUUGAACCUAUUUGAACCCAGACUAUUUGCUUACUGGCAAAUGCCCACUAUAUCCCAACUCGCUUGGCUGAGAUAUUAAUAUAAUGAUUAUGAGAGGGUCCACCUUAAACCCACACUGCUCAGAAGUUUGGGGUUAAAUGGACUAGUUACUGAGUACUUAUUACUCUAAAAAAAUCAAAAAAAUGUACAGUAAUACAUAAGAUAGACUAGUCAGGCCUGCCAUCAGAAAUUUUGGGGACCCUGACACAGCUCAAGGUCUGGGCCCCCCAGUGCCUGCACCCAAGUCUGCCCAAAGUGCUGCCCCCCCUGAGUCCGCCCACAGGGAUGCAGUGUCUGCAGGGCUGGUGCAAGGAUUUUUGCCGCCCUAGGCAAAAGUAAAGUUUGGCGUCCCACCCAUAUGAUCUGCCAUGUUAACUAAUGCCAGUGCUGCAGUGCCGCAGUGUUUACAUUAAAAGGCCUGCAGGGACAGGCUAUAGACACCAGAACCACUACAUUAAGCUGCGGUGGUUCUGGGGACUAUAGUGUUUCUUUAAUGUGAGGUAAAUUAGAGAUUAGUGCCACGAAUAAUAUACUAGAUUGCCUACUUAAACCAGAUGAGUAUGAUGAUGGGCUCUAGCUGCAGUCUGGCUCCACUGGUCUGGUGUAGAACAGGCUCUCUGGAGGCGGUUUGUAACUGUGGUCACAAAAAUCAAUGUUCUGGGAGAACGGGAAGCAGCUCCAUUUUUUGAGGGCCCUUUACACAGCUCAAGGUCUGGGUCCCAGGGUCCACCUUCAUGUUCCACCAAUGAGUUUGGGUAGCGUUACUUACCUUAACCGGGGGCCGGUCGCGGUCCUCUCUUCAAGCCGCGCGCGGUCCUGCAGCUGCACGAGCCGCGCGCGGCUCAUCCGACUACUUUGGAUGGAAGGCGGGCAGUGACCGCGUGAAGCGGUCACGUGUCCCGCCUGAAACUAAGAGCGCGCCACGAGUCUCGGGCGCGGUCUUAAAGAGACAGUGGGAGCCUAAUUGCCAAAAGGCUCCCAUUGGCUCCUGUCAUACCACACUCCCUGUACAAUUACCUAUAGGGGGUGUGGAAGUGACAGGAGCCAAUCACUUUCGUUUAAAAGCUAUUUAAACUUACCUUUUUCCCUUAGCUCGUUGCCCUAUCGUGGUUUCUGUUUCAGUUCCCUUUAGCGCUUUUGGUGUUCAGUUGUGUUUUCUCGUAUUGACUUUGGCUUCGUAUUCUGACUUCGUUUUCGCUUUAUCCUUAUCUGUACUGUUUGCCGGCUUGCUGUUUUCCGUGUACCAGACCCCGGCUUGUCCUAGUUUACGCUGUCUCUCUGUGCCCUUGACCUCGGUUUGUUCCUGGCUCUGUCUCCUCUCAUAUACGUCGAGUCCGGCCAUUCUAAGGUCCGGUAGACGUAUCUCUCCUCUGUAUUUGCCUCUGUUUAGCUGGAUCCUGCGUGUAGGGGUAUAUUCUCGUUACAUUACGAUAGGGCCAUGGACCCCGCAGAUUUAGCUCAACAGAUGGCGUCCCAUGAGGCAAGAUUUGUAGAGCAGGAUCACCGUAUGGAUCAGAUAGCUCAGGCUCUCCAGACGCUCCUAGCUAGAACCGUUCCAGCAACCACACCUAACCCUCCUACGCCCCUUCUCCCUGAAGUAUCUACUUUGCCUAAUACUUCGGCCCAUUUAACACCUCCUCCUAGGUAUGGAGGGGACUCUAAGACUUGCAGAGGGUUUAUUAAUCAAAUUGAAUUCCACUUCGAAAUGUAUCCACGUUCAUUUCCCACAGAGAGGUCUAAGGUUGGGUUCUUUAUGCACCAACUUACCGAUAAGGCACUUGAGUGGGCAAAUCCUAUUUGGGAAGCUAAUGGACCUAUGGUACAUGAUUUCAACAGUUUUCUUACGGCUUUUCGUAGAACUUUUGACACAAUGAAAAGGUCAAAGAAUGCCGCGAGAGCAUUAAUGAGAAUUAAACAGGGUUCUAGGUCUGUGGCUGAUUAUGCUAUUCAGUUUAGCACUCUUGCUUCGCAGGUAGAUUGGACCAACAAUGGGUUAACUACUGCCUUUAUGGAAGGUUUGUCAGAUACGAUAUUGGAUGAGGUAGCAGCUAAGGAGUUUCCUAUUGCCUUAGAGGACCUUAUCGAUUACCUCAUUGAUAUAGAUAAUAGAAUUCGUGACAGGCUCUAUACCAAGAACAGGAAUAGACGUUUUGUUACACCCAUUAACCCCAGAGUUAAUAUAUCAGAGAGUGUUAAAGUGUCUGAGGAGGAACCUAUGCAAUUAGGGGUUGCCAAACUCUCUGAUACUGAGAAAUUACAUAGGAGAAGGGAGGGACUCUGCCUAUACUGUGGUAGGAGAGACCAUAUGGUAAAGGAAUGUCCUUUACUCCCGGAAAACUCUCGCACCUUAUAGGGGACUGGCCUUGGGUGUGAUAUCUAAGUCUCCUAAAUUGCCUCCCAACCGCUUGCUUCUCCCGGUUUCUUUAUAUAUGGGAGAGAUUUGUAUAGUUGACAACAUAUAUGCUCUGGUUGACUCUGGGGCAGCUGAAAAUUUUAUAGACUCUGGCUUUAUAAAGAGAAACAACAUUCCCAUCAGAGAGAAGGAGAUACCCUUGGCCGUUGAGGCCAUAGAUGGUAGACCAUUAAGUUCUCCAGUUGUUACUCAUGAGACUGUACCAUUACACAUGUACACAGGGGUUUUACACUAUGAAACCAUUCGAUUCCAGGUCAUCUCCUCUCCCUCUUCACAGUUAGUAUUAGGGUAUCCAUGGUUACGUGCUCACAAUCCCAUUUUUGACUGGGAGACAGGGCAAAUAAAAUCAUGGAGUGAGACCUGCCACGAGUCUUGUACGUUGGAAGUCACACCUUUGAAUUCUAUUGAGGUACCUACCAGUCCUCCUUUGUCUACGGUUAUACCCCCUCAGUAUUUAUCUCUAAAGACUGUUUUCGAUAAAAGGGAGGCUGAGAAAUUACCGCCUCACAGACCCUAUGAUUGCGCUAUUGACUUGUUGCCUGGCACUAUACCUCCAAAGGGCAGGGUGUACCCCUUAUCGGUUCAAGAAAACCGUGUCAUGGAGGAGUAUAUUAAGGAAUCACUAGAAAAGGGGUUAUUAGGAGAUCCUCUUCUCCAGCUGGAGCAGGGUUCUUCUUUGUAUCGAAGAAAGAAGGUGAUUUAAGACCGUGUAUAGAUUAUAGAGGUCUAAACAAAAUCACUAUCAAAAAUGCAUAUCCUAUACCUUUAAUUACAGAAUUAUUUGACAGGCUGAAACAUGCCACUGUGUUCACUAAAUUAGACCUUAGGAGUGCAUACAAUUUGAUACGUAUAAAGGAAAAUCACGAAUGGAAGACUGCAUUCAACACUAGAUCCGGUCAUUACGAAUAUACUGUUAUGCCAUUUGGGCUUUGCAAUGCCCCAGCAGUAUUCCAAGAAUUUAUUAAUGAUGUCUUAAGAGAUUUUAUUCACACAUUUGUUAUCGUAUACUUGGACGACAUUUUAAUAUAUUCUACAGAUAUACACUCUCAUCACAGACAUGUUACGACAGUUUUGAAGACCCUUCUUGCUAAUGGUCUUUAUUGCAAGCUAGAAAAAUGUCUGUUUGACCAAACCGAAGUCCAGUUCUUGGGGUAUUUGAUUUCCGCUAAAGGUUUUCGUAUGGAUCCCCAGAAGCUAGCUGCUGUAAUAGAAUGGCCUCUACCGCAAGGUCUGAAAGCUAUUCAGCGUUUUCUUGGGUUCUCCAAUUAUUAUAGACGUUUUAUCAAAGGUUUCUCGUCCAUUGUAGCACCUAUUACCCGUAUGACUAAAAAGGAUGGCAAUACUCGUGUUUGGUCUACCGAGGCACUUCAGGCUUUGAAUUUCUUAAAACUACGUUCGCCUCUGCACCUAUUUUACAGCAUCCUGUCCCCUCACUGCCCUAUAUUCUUGAAGUUGAUGCUUCGGAUAUUGGGGUAGGUGCUAUCUUAUCCCAAAGAGAGUCGCCUGAAAAGCCAUUGCAUCCAUGCGGCUUCUUUUCUAAACAAAUGUCCAAAGCAGAGAAAAAUUAUGAUGUGGGUAAUCGCGAACUCCUUGCUAUUAUUUUAGCACUUAAAGAGUGGAGACAUUUGUUAGAAGGAACUAAGGAUCCUAUCCUCAUUUUUACGGAUCACAAGAACCUAUCCUACCUUAGCGAAGCCAAAAGAUUGUCUUCCAGGCAGGCUAGGUGGUCACUGUUUUUGUCCCGUUUCAAUUUUAUUAUCACCUAUAGGCCAGGUGAUCGCAACACUAAAGCAGACGCUCUGUCGAGACAGUUCGAAACUACUGACAAACAGGAGAUUGAUGUUACCCCUGUCAUUCCCCCAGACAGGAUAAUAGCUACUACUAUUUUGUCUAUUUCCUCGUCCCUCUUGCAGGCCAUACAAGCGAAACAAAGCAUGGCACCUAGCGAGAGGCCUAAUGAUAAACUGUUCGUUGAUGUUCCUGAGAGACGGGAGAUUAUGUCAUUAUCAUAGGCGUGCGCAGCCUAUUGCAUUAGGGUGUGCACCCUAAAGCACAAACACACGCCGCGCGUGUGUGUGUGUAUAUAUAUAUAUAUAUAUAUAUACACACACACACUCACAGACACACACACACUCACAGACACACACACUCACAGACACACACACACACUCACAGACACACACACACUCACAGACAGACACACACACACUCACAGACACUCAUACACUCACAGACACACACUCACACACUGACACACACACUCACAGACACACACACACUCACACUGACACAUACUCACACACUCACAGACACACACACACUGACACAUACUCACACACUCAGACACACUGACACAUACUCACACACUCACAGACACACACUCACACUGACACAUACUCACACACUCACAGACACACACACACUGACACAUACUCACACACUCACAGACACACUGACACAUACUCACACACUCACACUGACACAUACUCACACACUCACAGAAACACACACUGACACAUACUCACACACUCACAGAAACACACACUGACACAUACACACACACUCACAGAAACACACACUGACACAUACUCACACACUCACAGAAACACACACUGACACAUACUCACACACUCACAGAAACACACACUGACACAUACUCACACACUCACAGACACACACUCACACUGACAUACUCACACACUCACAGACACACACUCACACUGACACAUACUCACACACUCACAGACACACUGACACACACACACACACAAAUUAUUAUAUUUUAAUUAAAAAAAAAAAAUGUCCACCCAGCCUCCUACCUGGAGUGCUGGUGGACUUUUCCCUGGGGUCCAGUGGGGCGGGCGCCUUUCCGCAGUUCAGCCGCGGCGAGGGAGCUCUCUGCUCUCUGCUCCCUCUCGCCGCGCGGGCUGUCUGCUGGAGCUGGGAGCCGGAAUAUGACGUCAUAUUCCGGCUCCCGGCAUCAACGCGCGGCGAGAGGGAGCAGAGAGCAGAGAGCUCCCUCGCCGCGGCUGAACUGCAGGGUGGGUGGAAUCAUCACCUCUUGCCCUCCCAUGACAGGGGCAAGAUGUGAAACAGGGGGCACUGAGUGCCUGCAGGAACGCUGUUCCUGCAGGACUCAAACCAUAGGCGUGCCACGGGGAUUAGGGUGUGCCCAGUCAUUAUAUCAUGAUACUAAGACUGCUGGACAUCCUGGUAUUUCCAAAACGGUGUCAGCUGUUUCUCGGUAUUUUUGGUGGGAUUCCUUACGAAAGGAUGUCACUGACUAUAUAAGUGCUUGUACUACUUGUGCCUGUACGAAAUCCUCCCGUAGAGUUCCUUGUGGGCUGUUGCAUCCGUUACCCGUUCCCGAGAGACCUUGGUCUAACCUGUCCAUGGAUUUUAUUGUUGAAUUACCCCCUUCAAAUGGUAACACAGUAAUCCUGAUGAUAGUGGAUCAGUUCUCCAAAAUGGCUCACUUCGUGUCUCUUCACAAGUUGCCCACAUCCAAGGAACUGGCUCAUAUCUUCGCUAGAGAAGUAUUUCGAUUACAUGGGAUUCCCGUAUCUAUUGUAUCCGAUAGGGGUAGCCAAUUUAUUUCCAGGUUCUGGAGGGCCUUUUGUUCAGAAAUGGGUAUUUCUCUCUCAUUUUCUUCCGCUUAUUAUCCCCAGUCUAAUGGGGCUGCUGAACGUGCCAACCAGUCUCUGGAGCAAUACCUCCGUUGUUUUGUGUCUCACCAUCAGGACAAUUGGUCUGACCUGCUUCCUUGGGCUGAAUUUGCUCGGAAUAACGCCACUCAUGAUUCUUCCGGCAAGACCCCUUUUUACGUUGUCUAUGGCCAGCAUCCCGUUGUUCUUCCGGCUGCAUUCUCCUCACAGGGCAUGCCAGUUCUGGAUGAGCAUUUGGCUGGUUUGCGUAAUACUUGGGAGCAGGUUCAGCGUUCUUUGGUGGACUCUGCUACUCGCCAGAAGGCUCAGGCUGACAAGCAUCGCAGAGCAGCUCCGUCCUAUGUUGUGGGGGACAGGGGUUUUGCUUUCCACGCGGAAUAUUCGUCUCCGGGUGCCUUCUAUGAAAUUGGCUCCCCGCUUCAUUGGACCUUAUCGUAUUAUACAUAAGGUUAAUCCUGUUUCUUAUGCCUUAGGCCUGCCUAAGAAUCUACGUAUUCCUAAUGUUUUUCACACCUCAUUGUUGAAACCUUUCGUACGCAACCGCUAUACCCGGCAUACUCCUCCUCCCCCUCCUAUCUCGGUGGAGGGUCAUGAGGAGUUUGAAGUGUCUGCUGUUCUUGACUCUCGUUUCCUUAGGGGUCGACUUCAGUACUUGGUACAUUGGAAGGGUUAUGGGCCUGAGGAGCACAGUUGGAUUUCGGCUGAUGCUGUCCAUGCUCCCCGUCUUGUGCGCUCUUUCCAUUCUCGUUUUCCUGCCAGGCCUGGUCCUACCCGCCCGGGGGGCGUGUCCUCAGGGGGGGGUACUGUAGCGUUACUUACCUUAACCGGGGGCCGGUCGCGGUCCUCUCUUCAAGCCGCGCGCGGUCCUGCGGCUGCACGAGCCGCGCGCGGCUCAUCCGACUACUUUAGAUGGAAGGCGGGCAGUGACCGCGUGAAGCGGUCACGUGUCCCGCCUGAAACUAAGAGCGCGCCGCGAGUCUCGGGCGCGCUCUUAAAGAGACAGUGGGAGCCUAAUUGCCAAAAGGCUCCCAUUGGCUCCUGUCAUACCACACUCCCUGUACAAUUACCUAUAGGGGGUGUGGAAGUGACAGGAGCCAAUCACUUUCGUUUAAAAGCUAUUUAAACUUACCUUUUUCCCUUAGCUCGUUGCCCUAUCGUGGUUUCUGUUUCAGUUCCCUUUAGCGCUUGUGGUGUUCAGUUGUGUUUUCUCGUAUUGACUUUGGCUUCGUAUUCUGACUUCGUUUUCGCUUUAUCCUUAUCUGUACUGUUUGCCGGCUUGCUGUUUUCCGUGUACCAGACCCCGGCUUGUCCUAGUUUACGCUGUCUCUCUGUGCCCUUGACCUCGGUUUGUUCCUGGCUCUGUCUCCUCUCAUAUACGUCGAGUCCGGCCAUUCUAAGGUCCGGUAGACGUAUCUCUCCUCUGUAUUUGCCUCUGUUUAGCUGGAUCCUGCGUGUAGGGGUAUAUUCUCGUUACAGUUUGUUCACAGGGGGAAGAGUGUGUAGGGGAUGUCCUGAUGUGUGAUGUGUGUAAGGAAUGCAUUGUGUGAAUCUGUGUUUGUAUGUGUAAGGGCUCCAAGGUGUGUUUGUGUAUGUAUGGAAUGCAGUGUGUGUGUCUGUAAGGGAUGCAUUGAGUGUGUGUAAGGGGUGCAUUGUGUGUUGCUGUGUGUGUAAGGGAUGCAUUGCUUGUGUAUGUGUGUCUCUGUGUGUAAUGCAUUGUGUUUUUUUCUGUGUGCAAGGGGUGCAUUGUGUGUGAUUGUGUGUGUGUGAUGGAUGUCAGUCUCUCCCCCCCUAUCAAUUUCCUUCUUCCCCCCUCUGUCAAAUUCUCUCCCCCCUCUCCCCCCGUCAAUUUCCUUCUCCCCCUCCAAUUUCCUUCUCCCCCCUCCAAUUUCCUUCUUCUCCCCCUCCCUCCCUCUCUCCAAUUUCCUUCUUCUCCCCCCCUCUCCAAUUUCCUUCUUCUCUCCCCCCUCCAAUUUCCUAACACACACUUUUUUUUUAUUUCAUCCCCCCAGCCUCCCUACCUGUGGGAGUGCUGAGGGGAUUCCCUGGGGUUCAGUGGUGUCACCCGGUGGCCGGUCCUGCUGGCGGGUGCGUGAGGGAGCACUCUCCCUGGCUGAGUGCUUCCUCUUCAGCUCCCUCACGCGCCGCGUACUGAUGCCGGAGCCGGAAGAUGACGUCAGCCUGGGAGAGUGCUCCCUCCCGCGCCCGCCAGGUGACACCAGGGUCAGUCUCGGGGGGGGCCCUGAGAUGGCCAGCUCCUGGGCCCCCCAGGAGAAGAGGCUGGCCACAGUGGGCACAUACCGGGUCGCAGGGCAGUCCAUUAUGGUUGUCAUGCCCUGAUGGCGGCCCUGAGACUAGUACGCAAACAAAUGUGGAGUUCAGUAAAAUAUACUAUCAUCCUGAAAAUGUGGGGUUUCAUAAAGGUCAGUAACUAUGGUUGUAAAAACCUAUCUUGCCAAAUAUAUAUGUGAAAAUAUAUAUAGUUUCCACGUUUUUACAAGUCUCAGUUUGAACUAAUUAUUUAGCUAAUAAUAGAAACAAGUCUUUAUUUCAAAAUGAAUAUGGGAGAAUCAUUCCUUGGAAACCACAAUACAUCACACUAAACUAUGAACCCUCUCUCAUCAAUGAAGUGGCAGUUACAUGUAACCUUGUAAAAACUGGAAAGUGUUUAAUCCACUAUGCAUCAAACAGUAGUAGAUUAGUAAACUAAAACAGAACCAAGCUACCCAACUUGUGUACCUCUUGAAACAAGCUGCCCGGCUUUUAUACCUCCACAAUUUGAGUAAAACCCCUGUCUUAACUCUGCAUGUUGGGUCUGGAGUUAUUGUGACAAUUUUCAAAAAAAUUUUUAUGUAGUGAUCACAGAGGAUCAUCCAGAUACUGAAAAGUUAGAACUAACGGUUGACAAUUGUCAAUAUCCAAAAUCCAACCCGUUUCUUGGCCAAGGAAGGGGAACGAACGUGACUAGAAAGCAAAAUAAAAUACCCUAAUCGUUAGGCAACAAUAACAUUUUUAUGGGAAUUGGCUUAGUCACUCCUAAGGUUAUCCAAGCUCGGUUUAAAAAUAAAUAAAUACAUAUUAGGGAUAACCCUUCUACACAGGGUGUUUCCAUUGGUACCGAAAACAUGUUGGAGAGGUGGGGAGGAUGACAGGACAGUAAUACACAUAUGGUAGGACUGUACCCAGAUAGUGUCAUUUUAGGAUAUGGUCAGAGCCUGUGAAAUUCUAAAUGAGACACCUCCUUUUGCAUACAAAAUGUAUUAUUACAUUCCACACCAUCCCUGAUAGUGAAAUACAAAAAGUUCAUUUUAUAAAAUCUUAUCAUCACAGCCAAGUCUUUGGCUGUCCUGCCCUCUGUAACUAAGAUAGAGUCCCAAAAUUCAAGUAGCAGAGGCACUGCAUGCUUAUUUGAUAGGGAAAAAGUGCAAAACAUGCAGAUCAAUGGCAGCCAUGGUGGAAUUCUUGACAAGGAGGGUCGCUGGGAUGAGUGAGGAUUGGGCUUAGGGGGGCGAGCAUGCUUUCUAUAUUUCUAUUUCUUCUUUCAUUUUACUUUUAGCUUGAUCAACAAUUCUCAGUUCUCUGCUUGACUUUUAUGCAUAUCUUUUUCUGAUAUCGCUAUUUCUUUUUCUGACGAUAACCACCAAGGGAGGGGUGAGAGGGACACAGGUUGGGACAAGAGUAGUCCUUACUAUAUGAGGCAACCCGAAAGCCCACUUGGAAUUGAGAAUUUCAUCACUCCAGUAACCUUACUUCUGUAGGUUAAUGGGGGACACAGUCAUAACUCAAGCUAUUUGGCCUUGAUGACAAACUGCACAAUCAGGGCCAGACUGGGGAUAAAAAGCAGCACUGUAAAAAAAUCUAUGCCAGCCCUGCAGCACGGCGUGGGGAAAAAACGGUGAGUAAAAACACUAUUUUUAAACGCACACAGACACACACAUACACCAUGACAGACACACACAUAUACCACGACAGAUGACAGACACACACACCCCAUGACAGACACACACACUCCAUGACAGACACACAUAUACCAUGACAGACACACACACAUACCUUGACAGACACACACAUACCAUGACAGACACACACAUACCUUAAGACACACACACACACCUUGACAGACACACACACCAUGACACAGACAGACCAUGACACAGACAGACACACACACACACACACACAAUGACAGACUGACACACUAUGACACACACACACCAUGACAGACAGACACAGACCAUGACACACACACACACACACACAGACUGACACAUAAUAUAGCUACCUGUGGGCGACCGGACAGGAGUCUUGCAGGGCAGACAGCUGGGUCAGGUGUGCUGGCGGCCGCAGGGGGGAGCUGGCUGUGAUGGCUCCGCUCUCCCAGUGUGCAGAUUAAUGAGACCGGAUAUUCCAGCCCUGGUCUCAUUAAGUAGCGCGCAAGGGCGGGGGAUUAGAGCCAGCACAGCCAGCUCCCCCCUGCGGCCACCGGAGCAACCAGGAGCCAGCUCCCCAUGUGGCCGCCGGAACAGCCAGCUCUCUGUCCGGCCCCAGGUGCCGACGGCCCACCGGGAAAUUUCCCGGUAUCCCGGUGGGCCAGUCCGGACCUGGUCACAAUAUGAGAUCAUAUACCUAAGGAGGGGAUAGAUAAUUUUGGGCGUGAGUUUGGCUCAAUAUUGGGUUCCUGUCCUUUAGACAAAAUAUUUGACCUGAUAGAGAUUUACAACUCUGUUUAACCUUCCUGGUGCAGGUGCAUUGAAGUAUUACGCCUUAUUUAACUCUGGUAGUCGGUCCUGGAGAGGUCGAAUACACUACUUCACAUUUGGGAUCUGCGUGUUUCGCCCAUAUCGUAAUUGUUUAUUCCAUUUUCUGUACAAUCCUCAAUAAAAAAACGUUGAUUUACAAAAAUAAAAAUUAUUAGGGAUAACAUGUAACUAGUGCCUCUGUUUGAAAAAUAAAUGUAAAACCACUUGCGAAUCAUUUUAACUGUAAUUCAAUCUAGAUUUACUUAACCUGAUGUAUCUUAAGUUGCACUAAGUUAUGGAAGCAAUUGUUCCAUUGUUUAUCAGUACACUGCCACAGAUUUACGGCAUAGUCUGUGGUGUCACUUUGCAUUAGCAUUUGUCCUGACACACAGUGACAGAGUCUAGUCUUUUUAUGAAGUCUUGCUUUUCAUCUUUGUGCUUCAUAACGUUGUGGAGAUCGCGUUUACCCCUCAGGCCUUAUUUCAUUUUCUAAGAACAGAUAAAAAUAAAAAGCAUUGCUGAGUGGGACAUUAAUGAAUAGAAUGAAUCUGACAGCUGAAAAAUAGGAAUUGCACUCAGCCAAAUGUUCAAGACCAAUAUUAGUGAAUCCAAACUAUUUUGGCAUUAUUUAAUAAAAAAAUAAACUGUCUUUUUAAGGAAAGGGUAUAAAAAAUAGGUUGAGGUGUCCUUUCAUUAUAACAAAGGAUCAGCAGGGAGGACUGGAAAAAUAAUUUUCUCAAGGUUCUAUCAAGUGUGCACCUUUAGGGCUAUUUCUGGCUCAUUAGAGAGAGCUACACUGGUAGAAACAUGGACAUGCUGUGAUAGAAAAGUACUUUUAUAUAUAAACUGCUUGCAAAUCCUUAUGUGGUACUAGUCAUUAUAGUAAUUUUAUAUUGAUGGGUGAUGGUGGUGUGUUAAGGUGUGUGCAUUCUCUUUGACUGCCUUAUUAACCCCUUAAGGACACAUGACAUGUGUGACAUGUCAUGAUUCCCUUUUAUUCCAGAAGUUUGGUCCUUAAGGGGUUAAAUGCAACAUGGUUAAAGGGGCACUAAUUACCAGAACCACUGCAGCUUAAUGUAGUGAUUUGGUGCAAAGAUACUGCCACUUUGUUCUCAGUCAUGAAAACACUUCCCAUUGGUUGUUUCUCUGAUUAAUGACAAAUUAUAGUUGUACCAUAUUCUUUACAUUUUUAAAUAGUGGAUUGAAUGGAACUCUAAUGGAUGUUUCAAAAUGUGUUGUUGUUUUGUUUUUAUAAUUAACCCUUAUUUGUGCUAUUCCAGAACUAUCACAAAUUUAUUUUCAUAGUCCUCUGAUCUUCAUGAUUCUGUUUGUUUUGAUAUGUACCUUCCAGGUAAAUUUAUUUUGAGAUUAUGUGACAAUUAAAUUGCAUGCUAUCUAUUGUAGAAAGAUACAAUGAUAUUGGUAGUAGCACUGUGACACACACUGUGCCACAACAUUGAAACCACCUGUCUAAUAUUGUGUAGGCCCCCAUUGUGCUGCCAAAACUGCUCUGAUACAUUGAAGCAUGGACUCCACAAGACCUCUGAACAUGUCCUGUGAUAUCUGGCACCAAGACAUCAAUAGCAGAUUGUUUAAGUCCUGCAAGUUGCGAGGUAGAGCCUCCAUGGAUUGGAUUUGUUGUUCCAGCAUAUCCCACAGAUGGUCAAUUGGAACAACAUCUGGGGAAUUUGGAGGACAAGGUGACAGCUUGAACUCUUUGUCAUGUUCCUCAAACUAUUCCUGAAUUAUAUUUGCAGUUUGGUAGGGUGUAUUAUCCUGCUGAAAGAAGCCAGAGUCAUGGAACACCAUUGGCAUGUGGGGUGGACAUGAUCUGCAACAAGCUCUAGGUAGAUGUCAAAGUAACAUCCACAUGAAUGCCAGAACCCAAGGUUUCCCAGCAGAACAUUGUCCAGAACAUAACACUGUCUCCGCCAGCAUGCCUUCUUCCCAUAGUAUAUCCUGCUGCCAUCUCUUCACCAGGUAAACAAUGCACAAGCACCAAGCCACCCACCUGAUCUAAAAGAAAACAUGAUUCAUUAGAGCAGGCAACCUUCUUCCAUUGCUCCAUGGUUCAGUUCUGAUGCUCACAUCUCCAUCGAAGGUGGUUUUGGUGGUGGACAAGGGUCAUCAUGAGCACUCUCACCAGUCCGCAGCUAAGCAACUCCAUUCGUAACAAACCAUACUGUGUGUUCUGACACCUUUCUAUCAUGGCCAACAUUUAUUUUUUUUAGCAAUUUGAGCUACAGUAGCUCUUCUGUGUGAUCUGACCAGACAGGCAAGCCUUUACUCCCCACGUGCAUCAGUGAGGAACGGGUGCCCAUGACCCUGAUGACGGUUCACCAGUUGGCCUUCCGUGCACCACUUUUGCCUGGUACUAACCACUGCAUACUGGGAACACCCCCAAAAGACAUGCUGGUUUGGAGAUGCUCCAACUCAGUUGUCUAACAAUUAUUAAUUGGUCCUUGUUAAAGUCACUCAGAUCUUUUCACUUGCCCAUUUUUCCUGCUUCAAACACAUCAAAUUCAAGAGCUGACUUUUUUUUAACGGUAUAAUCAAUGUUUCACUUCACCUGUCAGUGACUUUAAUGUUGCGGCUGAUCAGAGUACUAUCUGCUAAUGAUAUUCAUGUAUUCAAAUGGUAAUGGAAUCACUUUCUUCAUACAUACCUCCCAUGUUGCAUACUUUUUGUAAGGUAAUGGGUACAGUUUACAGUAUACAGUUUCUCUUGGUCUGUGUUAUAGUGGUAGGGAGCUGGAGAUAAGGAGUACGAAAACACAGUUCUCUCCUAUGUUCCUUCAUGUAUCUCAUUUUACGAUUUUAAUUAUAUUCUCUUACUGUGGACACAAGGGUGAGAUAUUUGUCACAUCAAUCAAUCUAUACUAGCUAUAUAUAUAUAUAUAUAUAUAUAUAUAUAAUUUGUCAAUAGUAUGUUUUCAUCUUUGUGCCUUCAGAUUAUGGGCAGGAUGCAUUCGGUUUUGUAGACCACCUCCUUACAUCACACUAUUCAAACCUUAAAAUGGGACACUUAAGGAAACCAAAGAACUUAGCUCCACUCUCUUGUCUUUCUCUUGCAAGAUGAAGAGAGCUACCUAGACAAGAACUGUGUUAUGUCCCAGAAACCCAUAUACUAAUAGCUGAGAAUGGUCACAUGCUCCGUUAUCAAGAGAAAUAAGAGAUAAGAGAAUGGGAUUGUGAUUGGUUGGCCAUUUAUUCUUGUCUAAGACAAAUUAGUGAUAAUGUGGUCUCAUUCACGAACCAAUGAAGAUCUCAAUCACUUCCUGGUUAAAAAGAUUACAUGGAACAGAGCCUGAUAAAAACAUGCAAAUAGUGAUAUCAAAUGGCAAAGAUAAUAAUAAUAAAAAUAAUAAUAAUAAGGAGAUUCAUUUUUUUUUAUAUUGAAAUGUGUACAUUUCUUGAUUGCCCUUUGUACAUUAUGCAUCACAAAAUGGAUAUUACAUCUACAUUGGAGUUUCCUUUAAACGAAUUAUUCUAAUCAUUAUUUGAAGUCACAAUAGAAUGAAUAGAAUGAAUGGCAAAGUGAAAAUUUAAUGAUUCAACAAAUUGCAACUCAAUGGGUUAAGUGGCUCAAUUCUUCAGUUGCUCAGCAUAAUAGCAAGCAGAGGAUUCCGUAACUAGAAAGAGUGGGAUAAGCAGCUGCAUUAUCCAUUCACUCUGACACUACAAUUGACUGACAGCAGUUGCUGAUGGUAAAUCCGGUGCUGACUUUCUUUUCAUGUAGGGCUGUGUCAGGCAGCAUAGAUAAUUGCCAUGUCUCGGUGCACUACAUUCAGAUGAUGGACAGAUCAUAAACUUGGAUAUUCAUUAUGCAUUUUCUUUAUAUGGCAUUCUCCUAUGACAGUGCAUCCUUUGGAUUAUUUAAGGAGGACACUAGAGAUAAAAGUACAUUGUAAAAUAGCCGUGUGAAUCACUAGCUAUAAUUGAUCAUAAAUCAUAUCUCAGUAAUCUAACCUGAUUUAAAAAAAUUAAAGCAAAUAGAUUUAUAGUGGACGUCAUGGUUGCUGGGGUAGGGGUGGUAGAAGGUAUCAUUUUUAUUUAUUUAUGAUAUGUAAAAUAAAAACUGUUGUAAAAAAAAAACCUAUUUUAUAGAAAUAAAAACGUGUCUUUGCAACAAAUAAAAUCAUGGUUGAAAUAGAACUGCCAUUCACGUUUUUUAAUGUUAGAUUUACUUAUCCGUUUACAACUAUGUAUUUUUGCGGUAUAAAAAUAAAUAAAAUGCGCAAAUGCCCACCUCUUUAUCCUUAAUCUGCUCACCUCCAUCUUUAACUUCCUGGCAAUCAUUGUUAAAAGCUUUACUCUUUGCACCAAUCAGCGAACAUAGAGAAAGUAUAGAAAGAAGAGGAAAAAUGAAUCAAUGUUUCAAUUUUUUACUCUUUAUUUGCAAUUUUUGCACUGACUUUGCCUUGUCUGAACUGGAUGUUGAUGUCCUUUGCUAGCUCUUUAAUUUAAAUGUAAAAUCUCUUGGGGAAAAAAAUAAGAAUAAGAUAAUACAAGUUAUAGAUGAUGUGCUUUGCUUUAAUUAAUUGUAUAAAUUCCAGAUAUGUGACAGUUCCGAUGUGUAAUUCUGUUCCUCAUUCAGAUGAUAUAAUAAAGCUUCAACAUGAAGAAACAGAUACCCAGCCCAUGGACAUCCAAACAAGUCCAAGGAACAAAGCCAGAAACUUCACAAACAGAGUUGGUUUUAGAAGAAAGCCAAGAAACCAGCAGGGUUUGUUACAUAUGCUGUUAUUUUUCAGAUCUAUCGUUUAUUUUAUUUAAAUUUUUCAGUCAUAUAACUAGUUAAAAAAAACUCAGAACUUGCGGGGAAAAAAGUGUUACAUGCAUCAUAAAAAGCAUGUAAUUUUAUUAAAGUAUAUCUGCUUAAAACCUUAAAACAUCCAUUGAUCGAUCAAAAUAGCUCUUGUUUUAAAACUGUUUGCUAGGAAUUUUAUGCUUUAGUCCAAAGUAAGUGAUCUGGAAAAAAAAGCCAAGUUGGGGUUUUUUCAGGUAUGGCAGUGUUGGUAUAAAAUUUGCAAUUCCUUGAUCAAUUACAGAUUAUUUAUAACUGAGAGAAUAACUUUGUAUACUUAUAUUGAGUACCGAUUAAAUUAAAAAUCAUAGUUAUUCUCCUACAAUAUUCUUCAUUACAGUCACAUAAUAAUUGUACCUCUUCAUAUAUCAAUGGUAAGAACACAACUUGAAUUUGCUGUGCAAUUUUACGCACCUGUUCUAAAGAAGAAUGUUAUGGCACUAGAAAAAAAAUCAGAGGUGGGCUACAAAAUUAAUAAAAGAAAUGGAGGAUUUGAUAGCAUUAUACAAAUAUAUUUGGGACCAUUGUCUGGAAAUCUAUUCUCAAACAGGACUAUACAUAGGACACGAGGUAAUGCAUUUAGACUGGAAGAAAAGAGAUUUAGUCUAAAGCAAAGGAAACAUUUUUUUUACAGUAAAUACAAUAAGGAUGUGGAAUUCUCUGCCUGAAGAAGUGUUUUUUUCAGAGUUUAUACAGAUAUUAAAACAACAACUGAAUGAUUAUUGCCAAAGCAUAAUAUUCAAGGAUAUCCUUUUUAAUAUGGGUAACAGUUUAUUGCAUCCAAUGAGAGAUCUGGCUGCCAUUGUGGUUGAGAAAGAUUUAUCUUUUCUGAGUCUGUUGCAAAACUGGAGAAUGCUUCAAACUAUUUUUUGUUUUCUUCUUUUGGAUCAACAGCAAACAAGGAUGUAAAAUAGACAGAACUUGAUUGACACGUCUCUUUUCAACCUAUGUAACUGUGCAUGUAUGCAUAUGUUCUAUGACUGUAUCAUCAUAAAAUAGUUAUUUAUUAUGAUGAUUAUUACUCUCCAUUUGCUCAUGUUUGAUCAGCAACUUAAGAGAGCUCUGAAAGCAGCACUGGUAAGGCUGGCAUCAGCUUAUUAAGCAGAUCCACUCAUCAAAUAUAAUGAGAGAACUGAGGCUAGGGAGCUGAAGUUUAUAUUAGAAACAUAGAAUGUGACGGCAGAUAAGAACCAUUCGGCCCAUCUAGUCUGCCCAAUUUUCCAAAUACUUACAUUAGUCCCUGGCCUUAUCAUAAGUCUAGGAUAGCCUUAUGCCUAUCCCACGCAUGCUUAAACUCCCCCACUGUGUUAACCUCUACCACUUCAGCUGGAAGGCUAUUCCAUGCCUCCACUACCCUCUCUGUAAAGUAAUACUUCCUGAAAUUAUUUUUUUUUUAUAUAAAUUCUUUAUUUUGAAAAUGUUCAGGUUUAAAGAAGGGUACAGAAAAAAGAAAAGGGGGAAGGGUUCGGGGAACACAAUUCACAGUGCAAACAGCAUUCAUAUUGCAGUUACCCUCCCCCAUGAGGAGGCUGUCAAAAGUGAACCCAUUCCCCACUCCAGUUUAGUAUAUUGAACGUGUAAGUAUGCACGGGUACAUUUAAUUAACUCGUCUAAGUGUGUGUUUGGAGAAGUUAGGUCCGCCUGCAUGUCUUUUUGCCUAUUGCCCUGUGAACUAAGUCAAGGAUAGAGCUAACUUCAUGUAGGAAUUUGAGAAGGUCAACCUGGUCAGGAGUUUGUCCAGCUGUAAAGAUAUCGAUCUACUUAUUGCAUGUACCUCCGCCCGGUUAUCGGGUGGCAGAGCCAUCGUGGUGUGACUCCGAUGGCUCAGUUCGUACUGAUAUGCAGUCGUGUCAAGGCAAUGGGGGUAUAGGGUACUAGGGACCUACAGAGGGAUUCCAAUAGGGGUAACUGGGGAAGGAAGCGUUUCUGGAGGACUGAGAGACCCCCCGGUCCCCAGUCCCCGCCCGCCAGCGCUAAACCGCAUCCCAGGGGCCCCAUAUCUUCCGGGCCGAAUUGGUUGUUUCGUGAACCAGGGCAGACAGCUCAUCCAUCUCCCUGGAUUCCUCUAUUUUCUUCCGUACCUCCAUCAUGGACGGUAGUUCCGUGCUGCCCCAAUGGGCUGCUAUCGCUCUCCUCGCUGCCAGCGCUAUCUUGGCCACCAAUUUAUUUUGUGCCCUGGGAAGGGUCUCCAUGGGUUUGGAGAGCAACCAUGUCCACGGAUCCAAUGGGAGAACCGUCUGCAGAGCCCUGGAGGUGAGCUCUGCUAUUUCCCUCCACAGCCCCGAGACAUGCUCACAAUCCCACCACAUAUGAAGGUAUGUGCCCUGCGCCCCGCAUCCCUUCCAGCAGCGAUCAGUAUUCAUCUGUCGCAUCUGUUUGAGUUUCAAGGGGGUGACGUACCACCGAAGUAGGGUUUUAAAAGCCUGCUCCUUAUGGUUUACGCAAAUUGUAACGGAGGCCGUGGCCUCCCAUAUAGCCGCCCAGUCCGAUGAGUCGCCUGGGGGGCCCAGGUCCUUUUCCCAAGCUCUCACAUAUGCAAAAGCCUCUGGAGGGGCAUUUUUAGCUAGAACAUUGUAGAGAGUGGAGAUUUGUCCUCUCUGAAUGGGUGUGUGUUGACACAUCUUUUCAAAGUGUGUGGGCGGUGCCGUCGCCGCCGCCUUGAUGGCUGGAUCAGAUAGGAAACUCCGCAGCUGAAGGUAGCGGAAGUGAUCAAAUGUGUUGAGGGGAGUGGUUUGCGGCAGGUCUGCAAAUGAGAGGAGGUGGGUGUCACGGAAAAAAUGGCAAAUUCUGGUUAGGUCGUUAUCUUCAAAGUGAACAAAAUGCCGGGGUGUCAUCCCUGGGGGGAAUUGGUUGUUUCUUAGUACAGGGGUUAGCGGGGAGGGCAUGUGUACAAGGUCGUGUUUGCGGGUCACCCUGUCCCAGAUUUGUAGGGACGUCUGCAGGGCCGGCGUGGUCUGGGGCAUCUCCGGUCGGUGGUGUUUCGGCACCCAAAAGUACAGCGAUGGGUGGUCUCUGCCGAAAAGAUCAUGUUCCAAGUCCACCCAAAGCUUUACUCCCGCCGGAGCGUGGAGGGACUGGAUCUGCGCCAGUUGGGCCGCCUGAUGAUACUCCCACAAGUUCGGGAGUCCCAAACCCCCCUUCUUGUGUGGUAUAUAUAGUGUAGACCGUCUCACCCUAACCCUCCCCCCCCCCCAGAUAAAUUUAUCUAUCUGCGUUUGCAGGGAUUUGAAAUCUGUUUUAGAGAUCGGGAUGGGGAGGGUUUGAAACAGGUAUAGGAAGCGGGGGAGUAAGUUCAUUUUCACUGAGGCAAUCCUCCCAACCAUGAGAUAGAUAGCUUUUGCCAGUCCGUCAGGUCUUUUUUGGCCUGUUCAAUCAGUGGGGGGAAAUUCAGUCGGUAUGUCGAGUUAAGGUCCGAGGGUAGGUAUACUCCCAGAUAUUUAAUUCCAUCCGGUCGAAAGCGGAAUGGGUACUUUUCUCGUAGGGACCUGUCUACUCCGGGGGGAAUACACAGUGCCAUCGCCUCUGUCUUGUCUAGAUUCAGUUUGUAUCCCGAUGUCACCGCGUAUUCCUCUAAAAGGUUCAGCAGGGGGGGUAGGGAGGUGUCCGGGUCCGUCAAUGUCAGGAGCAGAUCAUCCGCAUAGGCCGCUAUUUUGUAUUCCUCCCGUCGCACCUUCAGACCUUUAAUAUUGGGGUUUAGUCUUAUCAUGUGGAGGAGGGGCUCGAGGGACAGGGCAAAGAGGAGGGGGGAAAGGGGGCAACCCUGUCGUGUGCCAUUAUAUAUGCGGAAGGGGAGUGAUGGGGCGCCUGGUAUAAGUAGGCAUGCUGUUGGACAGGAGUACAAGUUGCGGAUUGUCGUCAGGAAGUCAUUGAGUAGUCCAAACUUUUCUAACGUUGCGAAUAAGUAUGGCCACAGUAUGCGGUCGAACGCCUUUUCAGCGUCAAGGGAAAGCAGCAAUGUGGGGGUCUGUUUGCGAGUGGCUGCCCAGAUCAAGUCAUAUGUGCGUCUGGUGUUGUCACUGGCUUGUCUGUGUGGGAUGAAUCCCACUUGGUCUGGGUGAAUCAAUUUUGGGAGAUGUGCUUGUAAUCGGUUUGCUAGAAGUUUGGUGAAUAAUUUUAUGUCCACAUUAAGGAGUGAGAUGGGGCGGUAAUGUCCGGGGUCUAGGUGGGUUUGGUUUGGUUUCGGUAUCAAACUUAUGUUGGCUUGUAACAGGUCCGGGGUUAUCGCCUCCCCUGUGCAAAUGGAGGUGAAUAGGUCUCUGAGGUGUGGUAGCAGGAUCGCCGAGUAUGUUUUAUAAUACAGCCCUGAGAAACCGUCCGGGCCAGGGCAUUUGUUAGGUCGGAGAGAUUUAAUCGCCUCCGCGACCUCUUCUAUCGAGAUGGGCGCCGCCAAUGUUUCUCUAGCCUCUGCCGUAAGCUGUGGGAGGGGGAUAUCUCUCAGGAAGCCCUCCGCUUGUAAUACAGGGGUGUGCGGGUCUUGCCUAGCGCUUGGGUUAUGAUCGUAUAGUGCGGCGUAGUAUCGGCGAAAUAUUUCCGCUAUCUGAGUCGGGUCAUCGUGCGUGCGCCCAUCCGGGUCCCUAAUCGUGGUUAUGCGUUUGCGAGUUGCUUUACGUCUUAGUCUGUUUGCCAGUAGGGAGUCUGCUUUGUUAGACUUCUCAUAGAACAUUUGUCUGGUCCAGAGAAGUGCUUUUUUGGAGUCUUGGGCCAUGAAUGUUUGUAUGGCUUGUCUGUGUGUCUGGAGUUGCCUUAAAAGGUCGGGGGUGGGGGUUUGUUUAUGAAGGCGCUCGGCUUUGCCGAGUUCCGCGAGAUGGUGUGCCAAUUGUGCCAGCUUUUGUUUUUUGUGUGCUGUCGCUUCUGCUAUUAGGGUUCCCCUAAUUACUGCCUUAUGGGCCGCCUACAGCGUGCUAUCCGAUGCCACUGAGCCCUUGUUAGUAUCAAAAAAACUUUGGAUAUCUCCCCUGACUUUGUCUUGUAUAUGUGGGACGUGGAGAAGCGUGGGGUUCAAUCUCCAGGUCCAUGCCCUAACCGCCUGUGGAAGCUGUACCCAAAGUGUGAUGUCAGCAUGGUCGGACCACGUGAUCUGGCCUAUAAGUGUUCUGUCUGUGAACUGUAUCAAUGACGGGGACGUCAGGAACAUGUCGAUUUGGGAGUAUGACGAAUGUGGCUGUGAGAAGAAGGUAAAAUCUGCUGUCGUGGGGUGUUGGACGCGCCAGACAUCCACUAAUUGUGAUGUUGUCAGGAAGGUCUGCAAUAAUUUAUCGGCUUUCGCCAUAGAUGUCUGGUGGGGGUCCAGUCGGGGCUGUCGCCGUCUAUCCUGGUCGGGGAGUGGUACCGUGUUAAAAUCUCCCCCCAGAAUAAUAUGGUGGGAGGGGAAGAGGCCCAAGUGCGCCUGGAGCAGGCUCCAAAAGUGCGUUGACGGUUUCGUGGGGGCAUAGACUGAUGUGAUGGCAUACUUGUAUGAACCUAGUUGCCCCGUGAUGGUUAAGUAUCUCCCCAGGGGGUCCGCGAUCGUGCCGCUAAAAUGAAUCGGGCAGGAUUUACGGACCAAAAUCGCUACCCCGUUAUGUUUGCCCGAGGGUGAGUUCGCGAGAUGAUAGUCCGUGUAGUGUCUGGUGCGUAGAGGGAAAGCUUUCUGUUGUUCGAAGUGAGUUUCCUGGAGGAGGACGACGUCCGCUCCAGUUCUGUUGGCCCAUCGGAGGACGCGGUGUCUUUUGGCCGGGUUAUUCAGGCCCUUGCAAUUGAUCGAAACGCACUUUAACGCGAGCGGGCGUCUCGCCCCCCCAGGCUUCGCACCCACCGGAUUGACCGGGUCCCCCAUGGACUGUCCCGGGAGCGUCUGGCGGGCAAGGAGGGAGGCCCGGGGAAUCCCCCCGUCCAGGGAAAAGGGGAAGGGUAAGAGGGACCAACAAGCCCCAGUCGGGGCUAAGAUAAGUGCAGGGAGGCUUGGGCUUAAACCAAGAGUGCCAAGCCAGGAGGGUGAAGGGACCCUGCGGUAAAAUAGGUGGGGUCUGUGCCCCGAUGUGGGCGUCUAAUCAAAUGAGGUGGAAAGGGGAGGGUGUGAGAGAAGAGAUGGGCCACCACUAUCAGCCCCCCCUCCCCGCUGCCAAUUAAUGAGAUAGUCCUGGCACUAGAAAUUUGUCUAACGUUAACCCUUAAUAACUUCGCACCCUACCGUGUGGGCAACUAUAUACAUCGAUAACUGAGGCGCUGCGACUGACCCAGAGUCUCCCAGAAGCGGGAGGCGUCCACUUCCCCAUGUCACCACCGUCCGGCACAAGCCCUCCGGCAUGCCUCAGCUAAGUCGGGUGUCCCCCCAUGCCGCCUCGGGUGUGCCUAAAGAACUCGUGUAAGCCCUAUGUCCCCUAUGCAUCCCCCCCCGUCAAGUUGUCUGAGUGCGUGUGCGGUAUGGAUAUGCCCGGGGAGACCCCCUCCCAUCUUAAAACCUGUCCCAAGACCCCCUAACCCUGUGUGAACCCAUUGGUCCCCCCACCAUACCCUCUCGUAUACCCCUGUGUCAUGUCUGUGUACCUGACCAUCUUUAGAUCUUGCCUAGGGAAGGGAGGACGCUGUGUGCGGUCACCCAGGGUACAACCCAAAACCUCUUGUACUGCCGAGAAUUGUCAGGGGGAAAGUAGCCUAGCAAGUCACCUCUACCCUCUCCGUCCCAUAGUCCCACAUCCCCUCCCCUGGCCGCUCCGCCAGCGUGGGCAGUGAGAGUGGUGACCCCCCCCCUGCGGCCAGACCCCCCAUACCCCCUACAGCCCCGGGAGGACCACUUGCUGGGGAGGGGGGGUUGGGCUCCGCAGCCCGCCAGGGUCCCCAGCUCACAUUCUCCUACCCCCCUCCGGGGCCAGGCCCGCCCCCCUCGUCCCUGGUGGCACCCAGCUCCCCCAGCCCACCACUGCUUGUAACCAUCUGGCCCUAGUGGCCUCCCCCUCCCCCUUCCUCACCCCCCCCCUCGGGUCUUACUGUCCAGUUAAGCAGCAUGAGGAAACCAAAGAGUUCAAACAGUUCAACCACACCUCCGCUCUGGGAAAAAGAGUCAGCACAAGCCUCCGGCGUAGCGCCUAUGGUCUGCGGGGGCUGCCUCCCGCCGUCAUCUCUCUCCUCCGUGGUGUAUGGCGCGGGUUGUGAUCAUCUGCCCUGGCUGCCCCUCCGGGUCCCCCCCCAGGCCUCCGUGGAAGUUGUGAGGGUGGCGGCAGGAGUUCCAGGCCCAAGGAGGCCGCAAAGGGGGCCAUCUCCGUCGCGUGAUGGAGGACGUGGGUCUGCUCGUCUUUGCGGACCACCAACUUGAACGGGUGCCCCCACAUAUACUUGAUGCCGUGAUGAGUGAGGGUCAGUGUGAGCUGCUUGAGGUCUCGGCGUUUCUUGAGUGUCAGGGGUGCCAGAUCCUGAAAGAAGGCCAGCCUGCAGUUCAAGUAAGAUGGCGGAUUUUGCCGCGCUUUUCUGAGGAGCUGCUCCUUGAUAGGGAAUCUGUGCAAACGAACGAUGACAUCUCUAGGGGUGUCAGGGCUGAAGGCCGGAGCCCGGAGUGCUCUGUGGGCCCUGUCCAUCUCCAGGUCCCUGUCCACAGCCUCCGGGAGCAAGGACCGGAACAACCCCAGUAAUGUUGCUUGUAGGCGGUCACCGGGAACUCAGGAAGGCCCCGGACCCGGAUAUUAUUUCGUCUCGAUCGGUUAUUUAAAUCCUCCAAUUCCUCCUCUAAGGAUGUAAUCUUUCCGUGGAGGUAGGUUAGAUCUUGGGAGUGGGUCCGAGAGGAUUCUGCCAAGGCUGUAAGCUGUGUUUUGGCCUGGUUGGUACGUCGUGCCAGGGCCUCUAUGUCUCCCUUCAGACCCUGUAUAUGGCGGUCUAGUUCUGCCGCCGUGUGUGCUUUGAUGUCAGCCGUGGCGUCGGAGAGGAGUAUCUGGAGAUCCCUUUUGGUUAUAGACUGGUCAGCUGCGUGCAAGUGCUCCGGAGUGUCCGGUUCCAGGCUGGGGCUCGCCAUUCCCGUUCGGCAAGAUGGCCGCCGAGGUGUACUUUGCGAUCGAAAGAUCGUGGCCACGGAAGGGUUAUUUGCUUUUUUCUUUUUUAUUCCUCCCAUACCCGGGUGGUGUGCCCGGGUCUAGGCUGCGAGGGGUGUCUUUUUUCCCGUCUUGGGGUGCCUGAGGUCGCGGAUGUUAGCAGGUUUUAGCACGGGGAGAGAGGGAACCGCAGGACUAAGCGUCCAUCUCCUUCCAAGGUCAGGCUCCGCCCCUGAAAUUAUUUUUAAACCUUUGCCCCUCUAAUUUAGGGCUAUGUCAUCUUGUUGUAGUAGUUUUUUUUUCCUUUUACAUAUAGUCUCCUCCUUUACUGAGUUUAUUCCCUUUAUGUAUUUAAAUGUUUCUACCAUAACCCUCUGUCUCGUCUUUCCUCCAAGCUAUAUAUGUUAAGAUUUCCUGGUAAGUUUUAUCCUGCAAUCCAUGAACCAGUUUAGCCCCUUAAGGGCCAAACUUCUGGAAUAAAAUGGAAUCAUGACAUGUCACACAUGUCAUGUGUCCUUAAGGGGUUAGUAGCCCUUCUCUGAACUCUCUCUAAAGUAUCAAUAUCCUUCUGAAGAUACGGUCUCUCCAGUACUGCGUACAAUACUCCAAGUGAGGUCUCACCAGAGUUCUGUAUAUUUCAUGAAUUGUUGCUUUAGAGGUUUAUAAGAUAAAGUUCAACAUUUCAAACCAGAAUGAUACAAGAAGCUCUUUUUCAUGGUUUGGGAGGGAGUAUCCCUAUAAAUUUACCUUAAGCAGUAACAUAUUGUAAUUUGUUAGGACUGAAUAAAUAAAACGUGAAAUAAUAAUGUGUCUUGUUUCACCAGGAUCCAACAGGCCUAAAUUUGGUUUUGGAAUCACUCCUAAAUAUAACCAAGCUGGCCCAAUGACAAGGAAAAGAGCAGCAAACAUAAACAGAUCAAGGACAACGAACCAGCAGAAUUCAAAUGCAAAGGUAUCACAACAAAACAAACACUGGGGACAUAAACAAAGGAAUACGUAAUACAUUCUCCAUAAUAAAGACAGUAACGAGCAGGGUACAACGGAGCAAACGGAACAGAGAGGGGAAGGUUGGACAACAAGUAAACUGAACCCAAUUGUUAGUUUAAGAAGGGAUAUGUGCAGAAUGGGGGAGAAUGUUCAUAGUGAAUGGAGGCAGAAAUAUUGACGCAACGAGCAGAGAGAGUCGGGUGGAUGAGAGCAAUAAGGACUAAUGAGGAGAUAAUAAAAAAGAAUAGUCCAUGACACGUUACAUCCAAAGCUUGUUAAAGAUUUGCUGUAGCUCUUAUAAUAGCAAUAAGGGGCAUUGAUGUAUGGUAGGAUUUGGUGAACUUCCUAAUCAACUUUUACCAAGAAUUAUUCAGUUGACUGUUCUUUAUCUUGUUGCAUUAUAUUGUAGCCUAGGAAAUUGUUGUGGGUGUUAAUCUGCUUCUGACACUUGAUAUAGGACUGUAUAUGAUAUACCCAUAUUCAAAGAGAGGUCAGAAAACUAACCAUUAAAUCUAUUGAUUGCCCCAGGCGAUCAAUCUUGGUUUGCUUUGGGGUUUGUGUAAGGCAAGGGUUUACAUAUGUCUCUGUACCCUCAUUUAUUGUAACCCUAACACAAUGUGUAUUUGCAGAAUACUCAAUACAGAUCUCAAACCCAAGUGAGACGCCCACAGCAACAAAAAUAUUUCAGGCCUGCAGUCACCCCAGUGCAAGAUUUGACAAAGAGGUAAACUAGUAAAAUAAGGAAUAAAUUAUGCUGUUUAGCUGAAUAUAUGUAUAUUUGGAACAGUUAUAUUCACCAAAACCAACAGUUUAUUAAUGAAAACAUGUUGUGAGCUGUGUGAUUAACAAAUAGUUUUGCACUGUAUUGAUCAAAAUUAGCUGUACUGAUAAAUAGUCACGACUCUGCGCAUCUGUUAAUAUUUGUUAGUGUGUCAGUAGACCACAAUUCAUGGUUUAGACUCCCAGGUUAUAUUUAGGCUGAAUUAGGAGGAUAAUUGUGGGUGGCAAAUCUCUAAUGAGGCAAAAGAGAACAUUUGGAGAAGUCUGGUACAUUGUAACAUGGCAUUAUAUAAAACCACACAUUAGCCAUUAUAGUCUAAUUUGUCUGACCGCAAGCUACAACAGGUGUAAGGUUGAAAAUGCCUAUUACCCCACCUUUAUGUUGGCAGAUAAACCUACAGUUUGUGGGCAUACAAUGGUACCAAACACCCUUGCUAUUCAACAGUGUGCACAGAGGUUUGUGAUUGUGUGCUGGUAAAUGUAUUAAAUAAUUUAGUAACUUUAAUACAUAUUGAAACAGAAGUCAUAACAUUUUUUAAAAGAUUAUGUAAUGUGUGCAGUGCCUCAUUUACACCACUAGAUGUCUUGAAUCUCCAAUAUUUUAUAUGUAGUGUGGAAGCCUUACUAACACCACCUGUAUAUACCCAAAGCAAAGUAUUCUCAGUUUAACAGUUAUAUUCACUAAAUGAUACACAAAGGUUUAAUUUUGCUUUUUUCCCACUCUCUAUUCCACUGGCGACUAAACUUUGCUAUGCAAAUUAGAAGCGUAUUGAGCAUCCUGGGAAAUGUUGUCAUACUCACUACAGGAGUUAGCCACGAUAGCUAUUUACAAAGAACCAAGUACCAUAGAGUAAAACACCUCUUGUCAUAAUUUUAAGUUAAAAAAACAAACAAAACAAAACAGGAUCACCUUAAUACAUAUACUAUAACUGAUUUACACAAGUUUGUGUGCAUCCUGUAUUGAGAUCAUUUACAUUUUAUGUAAAAAUGCAUUUCAAAAAGUGACGAUAUCUCACACGUAGAAGACACGGGACAGCAAAUAUUGUAAAAUCAAGUGCACCAUUUAUUAAUAAUGUUUUUUAAUGUUUUUAUUUCUUUGUUUUAGAGUCAAUGUUCAAAACAGAAGAACACAGUUUAACUCAGGCCAAAGAAGACAAAGAUUGGGUACACCCAACCAAAAUAGAAGAGUAUGUUUAAACUGAGUGCAUUUUUCAGAAACAUAGGGAUUUAUUCAAAGCACAUGCAAGCGUAGUGAAUUGAUAACCAAUUGCAAAAUGUAUGUUAAAAAAUCCAAGAUCUAACGAUAGCUGAGUCGGAAAAAUGUUUCUAGAACAGCAACUUUGGACUAAAUUUUACAAUUCCGUUUUUAGUUCUCUGCCAUUUGCAGUUUGGUGAAUGAACCUCUUAAAUUUAUAUCUGUUAUCUGUUUUACAAAUUACAUACAAUGUUAAAGAAAAAAAUCAAGAUAUACCUUGAUUUUCAAACAUAAAAAUGAAUGUUAAAUAUUAAAUAUUCAUUAAAUUCAGUAUUAAAUGUGCUGGUUUCCAGUUGAAUCAAAGUGCUUACAAUGGAAUUAUGUGAUCUAUUCUCCAUACCUACCCAUGUAUCCUUGUUACACAGAGGAUUAGAUGUAUCUAGAUAUAAAUAGAUUAAGCUCAAAUCUGCUGCUUACAUGUAAAAUUGUGUCUUUUAUUCUCUUCCUAGUUAACACAACAAAUCACACUCAAUCCUGGAAAGAGGAUGCCUAAUGCAAGGAGGUAAUUGUAUACAUAUUGUUUAACCCCUUGUAAACACCAGCACACACUGCAGUGCAUUUUAAUGAUAGUUUCACACCUGAUGACCAAUAUAAAUAGAAGACUUUAUUAUUAUGUUCUUAAGUAGAUGGCAGAUGGAUAACGGAUUUGGAUCAACAUUGACAGUUUCUGUUCCAAACCAGCAAGCAAAACAAGUCAAAUUGUGAGUAGCGUAACAUACCUUUUUCCUUUGUGACGUCUCUUACUGAAAGAUAAUGGUCUAUUCACCAACAUCUGGCUUAACCCAUUCACUGCCAAGUUCUUUUAAUUUUAAAAUAUAUUUUUUAUAACAUUUAUUUGAAACACAGGCUGCACAGCUAGUUGUAGGAUAGAAAAGCAUUUUUAGGUUUGGAUUAAUACUCAGGGAUACAUUUAAAAAAAUGAUGUUAGGCUGUAGAGGUUUUUUUAUUUUAUUUCAUGUAAUUGUUCAUCCUGUUCAGAAAUAUUUUAAGAUUAAUACGUUAGAUAAAAUACAAUAUUCAUUAGUUUGCGAUAUUUAAAACAGUUACAGAAAAACUGACUUUUUUUAUACACAGAAAGUGUGACAAAUAUUGGUAAAUAAAUACAAAUACAUAAGGCCCAGCUUAAGCCCUUCAGGACGGAGUCAAUAGUGCACGUUCUGAUCAAAACAAAAUGUAAACAAAAACUGGAAUUUGCGCUUUAUGUCUGUUCACCCGUAAUUCACCUCUUUCAUAUUAAGUGCACCCACACUUAUUAUAUAUCAGUUUGUUCAGGAGAAACAGGGCUUUCAUUUCAUAUUAAAUAUUUAUAUAUGAAACAUAAUUUAUUAUGAAUAAAAAAGAAAAACUGAGAAUUUUUUUUUUUUUUUUAUUGUAGUUCCGCCUCACAUUUUAGCUGUAAAUGUCAUGAUACUGUUAGCUUUUACUGCAAAACAAGCACAUAUUUGGAUUCAGAAAAGUCUCACGAGUACAACAGUAGCCCCCAUUAACAGUUUUUAAGGUGUUUUGGAAAGUUAAAGGGUCAAAUAUAGCACAUAUCCAUUUUUCAGUUUUUUCACAUUGAAAUUUGCCAGAUUAGUAAUGUUACCUUUGAGACAGUGUGGUAACCCAGGAAUGAGAUUUACCCCCAUGAUAGCAUACCAUUUUCAAAGGUAGACUACCCAAGGUAUUGCAAGUGGGGUAUGUCCAGUCUUUUGUAGUAGCCACUUAGUCACAAACACUGGCCAAAGCAAGCAUUCAUAACAAAAAACUAAUAUUUGGCCAGUGUUUGUGACUAAGUGGCUACUAAAAAUGACUGGAAAUACCCCCUUUGCAAUACAUUGGGUUGUCAACUUUUGCAAAUGGUAUGCCAUCAUGGGGGUAAUUCUUAUUCCUGGGCUACCAAUCGGGUUUUAAAAGGCAACGUAACCAAUCUGGCAAAUUUCAAUGUGAAAAAAUGAAAUGCAUGCCUUAUAUUUGACUCUCUAACUUUCCAAAACACCAUAAAAACUGUACAUGGGGGGUACUGUUAUACUUGGGAGACUUCACUCAACACAAAAAUAAGUGUUUUAAAACAUUAAAACAUAUUACAACAAUAAUAUCGUCAGUAAAAGUGCCGUUCGUGUGUGAAAAAUGCAAAAAAUUUCACUUUUACUAAAGAUAUCAUUGUUGUAAUACAAGUUACCAUUUUGAAACACUAAUAUUUGUGUUCAGCGAAGUCUUCCGAGUAAAACAGUACCCCCCAUGUACAUGUUUUGUGGUGUCUUGGAAAGUUACAGGGUUAAAUAUAGUGCUUGCAAUUCAAAUUCUCUGCACUUUCUGCAGGCAUGUCAAUCAAAUUUUAAUUAAUUAAGUCACAUAAUUAUGUUAAAAUAUUACUUAAAUAUAUAUGUAGAAUUUUAAUAUAUAUACAUAUAUAUGUAUUUAAAGUCUACGUGUACACUUAUGUAGUUAUUUAUGUAAUUAUAUAUAUUUAUGUGUAUGUAUAUAUUUGCGGUUAUUUGUAUUUUAUAUAUAGAUAGAUAUAUAUAGAAUGUCAUUCUAAGUGUAUUUUGUUACAUAUAUAUAUAUAUAUAUAUAUAUAUAUUAAUAAUAAUAAAAUACAGUUAGAAUGAAAUUACAUAUAUAUAAUUUAUUUUAAGUUUUUUAAAAAUAUUUUAUUUAUUAAUUUUAUUAUUUUAUAUAUUUAUUAUUGUAAUUAUACGUGUAUAUAUAAAUAUAAAAUAUAUAGAUGUAUUACAUAUAAUAUAUACAUCUUAUAUGUAUGUAACGUCAUUCUAAGUGAAUUUUAAUACUAAUAUAUGUGCUUAUAUUAACAUUAAAAUACACUAUGUAUGAUGUUACGUAUAUAUAUUAUAUAUAUAAUAUAUAUAUUUUAUAUAUAUAUAUAUAUAUAUAUAUAUAUAAAAAUACAUUUAAUUUAUUUUAACAUGUUUAAUUAUUAUUUUUUUACUACUCCCCACCAGCAGGGGGACUGUCUGACACUCCAGACAGUCCACCUGCUGGCAGAUCCACAGCCAGCUAUAGGGGGCCUGAUUUGCCAGGGGAGGGCUGCAGUCCUCCCGAAGAGGAUUGCGGCAGAGGUAAGUACUGCUGAGCUCCUGGGGCUGCAAGCCGUUACGGCGUUCUAUGCCUCCGCAGCGGCUUUAAAGCCCAUUUAAAUUGAGAUGACAUAGAACGCCGUAACGGCGUUAAGGGGUUAAGGAACAAUGAUGGUCUGUGCCAAGAGUGGGCAUGCUUUGUCACUCCAAAUGUUGUAGACUACAUCUGCCACAGUGCUGGCAAAGCUAGCAAAGUAAUUAAUUUUUAAGGAUCUUAUUUCAAACUGGAAUUACCUAUUGAAUUGCUUUCUGUAUAGCUCUUAAGAGUUCUAUAGCUUAAUAAGUUGGCAUAGGGUAUAGAGCAGGGCUCUCAAACUCUGGCUCAUCAGAUGCUAAUGACCUACCAUUCCUAGAAUUCCUUGAAACUUUCAAAAAUGCCACUAAGAUGUUAAAAAUACAGACCACAUGCAUUACGUGUAGCGUCUGUUGUAUAUAGCAUGUUACAAACUGCAAAUCACAACAAAGCGUAUUCACUAUUAUCAUGGCUUUUUCUUUUCAAUCUCACUUCAUGUCGGGAAGUCAUGAACAUUUUUGAUUAGAAACCAUUUUGAUUAAAGUAUGAGAAGAAGCUGGAAGCUACAGUCCUUCUGUUGAGAUGCAGAGGAAGAGAAUGAAGACCUUAAGAUGAAAUUUUUAAUACGUAGGGUAAAUAUUAGUGCUGAAUUAAUAUGGAAGGUAAAGGGACAGUAUGAACUGUAUUUUGUUUUUUUGUGACAGCAGUGAAUUUAAAAAAAAAUAACUUUGAUGGUGAAACAAUUAUGUAAUUUUAUUUUUAACUUAAAUGUUGUACAUCACAUACUGUCUUCUCUUGCAGACCUAACAGACCAGGAAUGACACGUACCAGUUUGAGAUUCAGAAAACCAGCUGUGCAAUCCAAAGCUCCUUUACCGAAAGGAGUCCCACUGAGAUUCAACUUCCGAGCAAUGGCUAAUCAUGUAGGUAUCGGACUCGGAGGACGUGUUGGUUAUCUGAAAUGUUGUGACAUUAUCAUCUUUGGUUUGGUGGUAUACUUUCUUAAAAAUUAAACUGCUAAUACUGCUUCCCCACUAGAAAAAAAAAACCAAAAAAAACAGGAGGUACUAAUUGUUCCCUAAGAGUGCACAUUCGAGUUACACCCAGAAAACAAAAGUACAUUAAUUCUCACAGUAAUUCACUCCAUCAAAAAGGAACAAUACUCCAGAGUAAAUUAAAUAAUUCCUCUCUUUAUUAACUAUUCAUUAACAUAUGCAAAAUAUUAAAACACUGGCAGAUAAAUAACAUAAAACACAUGAAACAAAAUGCUGCACGUACAUGGUGAGAAAAAGGAGAGAGAUAGACACAUACCCCAUGCCAAGCGAGUUGGACGCAUUUCAUGCGGAAUAUGUGUCUUUUUCCUGUUGUAUAUAAAUGUGGCAGUCAGGUUAAUAGGUAAGGUUUAUUCAAUAUAUAAUGAAAGCCUAAGCUGAAAAACAGGUGAAGGAACAAGUCACAUAUAGAAAACUUCAGAUUAGUGGGGGAUAAGUAUUAUUCUUCUCCGAGACUGGAGAGAACACUAAACGCUGUUAAAUGAUGAAGAGAAUAUAACAGGUUGAUGAAGAAUUCUUCGGGAAGAGAUGACAGAAGAAAUGUGUGAAUCAUGGGGAGGUCCAAGAUGUUAGGGGAAUUUUUGGAGUGAAAGAGAGAUAAUGGGCAACUGUGUCAGGGCUCUGUUGUUUAGGUUCACAAUCUUGAAUUUUUUUCCAUGGGUAAAUGGGAUCAAUUUAAGGGCCUGGCAGUGAAAGCAGUUGACGAGGAACAGAGAAUAACAUAAAUGAGUAGAACAGAGUACUUCAUUAUGGAUGGGAAAUGGUAUAGGCACUAGACGGACAAGUGAGUUAUGAGAGAUAGUUUCAUGGGCAAUAUGUUUUUCAAAAAUAUGUACGCUUGUUUUAUUCCAGUUAUUGCCAUUUAUUGUUGUUCCAAUAAAACAUCUGUAAACUAUACGUUGUCGUGGCUCUGUUUCUAUUAUUUGCUAAUAUUUUAUAUUAACAGAUUCCCACCAUAUACUUCAUGUUUAAAAAACAGUAUGUGCAAUAAACUAUAAUGAAGCACUACCCAAGAACUUAUUCAGCUUAAAACCUAUUAACGCAAUGUGAUGUUUUCUUUCUUCAUAGACCAGUGUCACACUCAAUGAAAGAUUCUCCUCUCUGAAAAUUAAAGGACAGUUUGCAACAUUAAGAAGAGGUGAAGAAAGAACCGUCUUGCUUGCAUAGAGUUAUCAAGUAAUGCAACGUUCUUAACAGAAGAGGACUGUUUUACACCCAAACAACGAUGUGAAAAGCAAUUUGAAAAUCACAGUUUAUAUGUCACCAGUAACACAAACUAAUGAGGUGAAAUAAAAACUGGUAUAAAAAUGAAGUGUUUACCUUGAAAAAACUAUUUGUGAUGUGUGGAAUAAAGCAGCAAAUUUCUUCUCUGUGUGGAGAAAACAUAAAGCUAUUUAAUUAAAGACAAACGACCUUGAUGAAAUACAGUAGAAAUUAAAUUACAUCUACCUAGUACUAAAAAUUCUACGCUGCUGAUCCGUGGAAGACUAGUAAACCAGUGAAUUGUUCUUUCCAUCAGUGAGUGGUCCAAAUGCUAUAAUUCAAAACCAUUUCAUCAGUUGCAGUAUUGUUACCAUAGUAACUUUGUUAUAUUAAAAUGUUACAAUCAUGGCUGUCAUCAGAAAUUUUGUGGCCCCUUACACAACUCGAGGCCCCAUAGGGCCCAACCCCAAGUCCACCCAGGGCCAGCCUUAGGCCUUUGGGUGCCCUGUGUGAAAAAUCUUCACAGCGCCCCCCCUUCCCGUCCCCCUUUCCCCCCCAACUCCUUCCUUCCCCUUCCUCCCCCUUCCCACACACCCUGUCACACACACACAUAGGCAGACAGCCACACACACACACAGGCAGUCACACACAGACAGCCACAUACAAAUAGCCAGACACACACAGACAUAGAAACAUAGAAUGUGACGGCAGAUAAGAACCAUUCGGCCCAUCUAGUCUGCCCAGACAGUCACACGUAGGCAGUCACACACACAGACAGACGGCCACACACACACACACACACGAACACACACAGGCAGACAGCCACACACACAGGCAGGCAGUCACACACAGACAGCCACACUCAAACACACAGGCAGACAGCCCCACACACACACACACACACACAGGCAGACAGCCACACACAAAGGCAGACAGUCAAACACACAGACAGUCACACACACACACAGGCAGGCAGACAGUCAAACACAGGCAGGCAGCCACACACACACACACACACAGGCAGGCAGGCAGCCACACACACACACGCAGACAGUCAUACACACAGGCAGACAGUCAAACACACAGACAAUCACACACACAAACACACACACAGGCAGGCAGACAGUCAAACACACAGACAGGGACACACACAGUCAGACAAUCACACAUAGUUACCCCUGCCUCAGGUAAGCCCCGCCGCAAGGUAAGCUCAGCCCCCGCCGCAAAUUAUUAUUAUUAUUAUUCUUUUUUUUUAUCCCAAGCCGCCCAUGAGUGAGCUGUGUCGGCCACAUGGCGCCCCCUGCUCCAUGGUGCCCUGUGCGGCCGCACAGGUUGCACACCCCUAAGGCCAGCCCUGAGUCCACCCACUUGGAUCAGUAAAGCCAAUGCAGUGUAUGUACAGUGGAUGUGGUGUGUGUCAGUUUAUUCCCUCCUCCCUGCCUCUUAGCUGUGGCCAGGCAGAGGGGCACUAGUUUCCAUAGGGGUCUGGGAGCACAGCAGCUUUUAGAGUGAAGAGAGGGCCCAGCAGUCUCAUCUUCCACUGCCUCCAUCUCUCACGAGCCUGGCAUGCAUUGAAUGCCGCACUGCGCGUUGCCAUGGCUACUUGCAUCAACAUUUUGGCAGUCGGGACUCGCAAGUGGAUGCCGGAGGGAGGGCUUGGUGUCUCAUUGACUCUGUCUUCAUUAUUCUACAGCAUAUGAACUGCAAGUACAUAUCUAUAUAGCAGUACUUGCCAAAAAUACACGUAGAUUGGGAGUGUAGGGCCCAGACAGUACUGACUUACCCCCCUCAUGGUGACCUUGGUUACAAUUAAUUUAUUAUCUUGUACAUUGUUUACAGUUGAAAGAUGUGUUUCAGUAAAAAGACUUGAGUGACUUAUCUUCAUAUCUUUCUGCUACUCAAAUAUUUGACACAAAUAAGGGUAAGUCACUAGAGUGAGAAUUCAAAGUGAAUUUCAAAGUUUAGGACAAAGUAGUCGAACUAGAAGCAUAGCUGAUAUAACAAUUUUUUUGGGCCUUAAAUUUGAAGUUCACUUUGAAUCCUCAUGCUAGUGAAUAACCCUGCCCGUCUGUAAUGAGCACACCUGUUAAUAAUGGUGAGUGGUCUC